AUGGGCUCCGGCCGGGCGGGCCCGGUGCGCAUGAGUUUGAGUUUGCAACUAGCUAGCAAGCUCACCGUGCCGGCAGCAUGGCGGCUGUGUGGCGGGGAGCAUGGAGGUGGACGGUCGCAUCCACCAACCGAGGCGGCGGCGGCGGCGACGACGACGAUCCUGUGCAUCCACCACCGCAACCUGCUCCGCUUGAUCACAGUUACGACGUCAACUGUGGAGCCAGCAGCACCGCUUCAGGUACCACCCUGUCCAACACUGCCACCACCUACGCCACCAGCACCGCCGCGUCCCUUCCGUUCCCAUUCACCAGCACUGCCGGGGGCGUCACGGAGGAAGAGAAGGCGGCGAUGCGGGAGCACAUCAGGGAUCUCAUCAUCCAUGGAUCUCAUGUUGGAUGUGGAGCGGCGGCUACGUCCAGCAGCAGCAGCGCACUGGGCAGGUCACAGGUGGCUGUCGGAGCUGCAGGUGAGCUGGGCCCUCCGCCUCGCCCAGCUGGACGCCGCGUCCGCGGGGAGCACCUUCGUGUCGCGGCGACUCCAGCACACCGCACGCAGCUGGGUCCUCGCCCUCCACGCCAUCAGCAGGUCCGUCGUUAGCUUUACUGGAUGGUGUAGUAGCCAGGAGCUGCAGCAGGAGGAAGAAGCUCUGCUCUGGCCACCUACUUCAGAAUUGGUAGGAUUUGUGGAUGCAACCUUCUUGCUCAUGCUCCCUUUGGUCGACGCCAUCGUUGCACUCGACGACGUCAUUAGCCCUGCUAGCAGUAGCAUUAGCAGCGACGACCAUGGCCGUGGUGGUGUCGUUUCUGGCAAGAAGGGUGCAGUGGCAUCAGCUCACAAGUUCAGGACACUGAUAGAUGUCCGUGACGCUCUCUCUGGGGUCUCGGAACAGGUCCAGCUCUGGCACUCGUGUCUCAGUUCCUCCUGUUCGUCAUCAACCGACGCAGAAGCUGCGAGGAUAAGCGCGGAGAUGAUAAGGCUGCUGUUGGCGAAGCUGGACAAGGUGGACGAGGCCAUGAGGAACACGAGAGACUGCAUCAGGACACACUUCAUGUCCUUGACGACGGACGGCCAUGGCCAUGACCAUACAGCGUCAGGACUGCAUCCAUCACCUGACAUUCAUGUUGCCACUCAGUUCGCAGUAUGCUACAUCCUUGUGCUAUCUACUAGUUUAAGCUACAACCGAUCUUCAGUGGAUACUCCUAUUGCACAUGAAGCGUGUCUGUCUCUCGGUGAGAAUAGUACCGGUUCUUCCACCAACCUGAACAUCGUGAUCAUCCGUUCCCUAGAAGAAUGCCUCACCAGAGUGUCGCAGUCAUUGGCGGAUCAGAGCCUCAGGUUCCUAUUCCUAGCCAACAAUUUCUACUUCCUGUGGCACAAACUGCUUUCUCAAAAUCUGCUUUUGGAUGUCCCAACGGAUGCCCUGGCUCGCAAGCUUGACAGUUACAUAAACAGUUAUCUGCAAGUAUCCUGGACGCCGGUGUUGAAGCCCUUGCAUAGUCAUUCACCCUGUUGCUUUUUCUUCAUGAGAUACUCAGCACAGCAUAGGUUCUUGGCAGAGUUUGAGAAGACCUACCUUGCGCAGAAACUCUGGAAGGUUCCAGACCCAGAGCUAAGGAAAGUGUUGCGGACAACCAUCGUUGACAAAGUCAUUUCAGUCUUCACAAAGUUCUUGGAGGAUGGUGGCGUCAGCGCUUCAAGAGUCAUCGUCAGUCCUGAGAGCUUGCAGGAGAUGUUGGAAGAGUUAUUUGAAGGAUAA